GGGGAGCGGCCUGGUGGCCGGCGGGCGCCAGCCGCCAUGGAGGCUGUACCCCGCAUGCCCAUGAUCUGGCUGGACCUGAAGGAGGCUGGUGACUUCCUCUUCCAGCCGGCCGUGAAGAAGUUUGUCCUAAAGAAUUACGGAGAGAACCCAGAAGCCUACAAUGAGGAACUGAAGAAGCUGGAGUUGCUCAGACAGAAUGCUGUCCGUGUCCCACGGGACUUCGAGGGCUGCAGCGUGCUCCGCAAGUACCUGGGCCAGCUCCACUACCUGCAGAGUCGGGUCCCCAUGGGCUCCGGCCAGGAGGCUGCCGUUCCUGUCACCUGGACCGAGAUCUUCUCUGGCAAGUCUGUGGCCCAUGAGGACAUCAAAUACGAGCAGGCUUGCAUUCUCUACAACCUUGGGGCGCUUCACUCCAUGCUGGGGGCCAUGGACAAGCGGGUGUCUGAGGAGGGCAUGAAGGUCUCCUGUACGCAUUUCCAGUGUGCAGCAGGAGCCUUUGCCUACCUGCGUGAGCACUUCCCUCAGGCCUACAGUGUGGACAUGAGUCGCCAGAUCCUCUCUCUCAACGUCAACCUCAUGCUGGGCCAGGCUCAGGAGUGCCUUCUGGAGAAGUCAAUGUUGGACAACAGGAAGAGCUUUCUGGUGGCCCGCAUCAGUGCACAGGUAGUAGAUUACUACAAGGAGGCAUGCCGGGCCUUGGAGAACCCCGACACCGCCUCACUGCUGGGCCGGAUCCAGAAGGACUGGAAGAAGCUUGUCCAGAUGAAGAUCUACUACUUUGCAGCUGUGGCUCAUCUGCACAUGGGGAAGCAGGCGGAAGAGCAGCAGAAGUUCGGGGAGCGGGUCGCAUAUUUCCAGAGUGCCCUGGACAAGCUCAAUGAAGCCAUCAAGUUGGCCAAGGGCCAGCCUGACACCGUGCAGGACGCACUGCGCUUUGCUAUGGACGUCAUUGGGGGAAAGUACAAUUCUGCCAAAAAGGACAAUGACUUCAUCUACCAUGAGGCUGUCCCAGCACUGGACACCCUUCAGCCUGUAAAAGGCGCCCCCUUGGUGAAGCCCUUACCGGUGAACCCCACAGACCCUGCUGUUACAGGCCCUGACAUCUUUGCCAAACUGGUACCUAUGGCUGCUCACGAAGCCUCGUCGCUCUACAGUGAGGAAAAGGCCAAGCUGCUUCGGGAGAUGAUGGCCAAGAUUGAGGACAAGAAUGAGGUCCUGGAUCAGUUCAUGGAUUCAAUGCAGCUGGACCCUGAGACUGUGGACAACCUUGAUGCGUACAGCCACAUCCCUCCCCAGCUCAUGGAGAAGUGCGCGGCUCUCAGUGUCCGGCCCGACACCAUCAGGAACCUUGUCCAGUCCAUGCAAGCGCUGUCAGGUGUGUUCACGGAUGUGGAAGCCUCCCUGAAGGACAUCAGGGAGCUGCUGGAGGAGGACGAGCUGCUUGAGCAGAAGCUGCAGGAGGCCCUGGGCCAGGCUGGGGCCGGCCAGGCGGGCUCCAAGGCAGAGCUGGCUGAGGUGAGGCGCGACUGGGCUAAGUACAUGGAGGUCCACGAGAAGGCCUCCUUCACCAACAGCGAGUUGCACCGGGCCAUGAAUCUGCACGUGGGCAACCUGCGCCUGCUCAGUGGGCCGCUGGACCAGGUCCGGGCUGCCCUGCCCACGCCAGCCCUCACCCCAGAGGACAAGGCUGUGCUGCAGAACCUGAAGCGCAUCCUGGCCAAGGUGCAGGAGAUGCGGGACCAGCGCGUGUCCCUGGAGCAGCAGCUGCGGGAGCUGAUCCAGAAGGAUGAUAUCACUGCCUCGCUGGUUACUGCUGACCACUCAGAGAUGAAGAAACUGUUCGAGGAGCAGCUGAAGAAGUACGACCAGCUGCGGGUGUACCUGGAGCAGAACCUGGCGGCCCAGGACAACGUCCUCCGGGCACUGACUGAGGCCAACGUGCAGUAUGCGGCCGUGCGGCGGGUGCUCAGUGAGCUGGACCAAAAGUGGAACUCCACACUCCAGACCCUGGUGGCCUCCUACGAAGCCUAUGAGGACCUGAUGAAGAAGUCCCAGGAGGGCAAGGACUUCUACGCGGACCUGGAGAGCAAGGUGGCUGCUCUCUUGGAGCGGGCACAGUCCACCUGCCAGGCCCGUGAGGCUGCGCGCCAGCAGCUCCUGGACAGGGAGCUGAAGAAGAAGCCGCCCCCGCGGCCCACGGCCCCGAAGCCACUGCUGCCCCGGAGGGAGGAGGGGGAGGCAGCAGAGACGGGAGACCUGCCCGAGGAACUGCGCAGCCUGCCCCCUGACAUGGCCAAAUGUGUGACAGAUUUUGUUUACUGCUGCCAUUAA